UGCAAAAUAAACAUAUCUGACGUGGAUAUUAUUUACAUAAAAUCGAAAUAUUCAGAAAAGUGAAAGUCUUUGCAAGGAAUAAACAAUUAUCCUAACAAAUUUCUAAAGAGAAAAGUGGAAGAGAUUUGAUUGCAUUUGAUUUCCCAUUUUCGAAGAAGCAAUUUCUCGGCAAGGGAAGCUAUUUUAGCGAUGACUCGCAUGAGUUCGUAUAUGCAAAUUAAAUAAAAUGAUCGUUCAUCCCAGAAGUCAAAUUUUGAUAGAAACGCCUAGAAGUUUUUGUUUAGACAUGGAGUAUGGCUUAUGAAAAGCGGGCAUUUUGGCUCGUUCUACGAGUUUGGCAUGUGUCCUCGAUCUGUCUUCACUGUCAACACUCCAUUUGCGUGUUAGGCCAACAGAAGGCGAGCGUUCACCAUUCAAGCAACAAGUCGGCAGGGUUAUAUUUAGAAACUUCAAACGAUGUGACAAUCAGAGUGGGGAAACUACUUCAGUUGAACUGCAGUAUAAUUGGAGCAGCUAAUUCCUCUCAGUUAUCCUGGUAUCGUGGGAAUCAGAGUUUGUCCAAUCACACAACAAAACUGAGUAAUGAAACCAUUCAGUUGAUAAUAGAGCAGGUGGACUGGAUUAACAAUGGAAGUUAUGUGUGUAAAGAAAAAGGGAAGAAUAACAUAGUUCAACCCAAGUCUGUUGCAGUAACAAUUGGUGAUAUUCCAAGUCCACCUAGAGAUGUAUGGGUGAACAAUGUGGAGUAUAAAACUCGUAUUCAUUGGAAGGCCCCAUUGUACAGUGGUGGAUUAAAACUAAAGUAUGCUGUCAAAGCAAGAUGUGCAUUUAAUACAUCAAGUUUAAGUGCUGAUCAGCUGUUGGAGUGUAAAAAAGAUUUCUUUACAAUCUGUUCUGAUAGUCAUUUCCAACAAGAACCAGGAGCAGGAUCUGAUAGUUUUUUUUGUGAUGUUUUUGAGGUCCUUUCCUACCACCCACACUCUGCCUAUGUUGAGGCUAUAAAUGACUUAGGAACUGGUGUAAGCAAUCCUGUGGAAUUCACCCCGAACGUCAUGUAUGAUCCACUUUUAACCACUCCUUCGCCUACAGCAUUCUUGGAUGCCAGGGAAGUGGCUCCCCCUGUUACAGUGAAACUGAGCUGGAAAGAUUCCGGAAAGUUUAAAAAUCCAGCACUUCUUGUUAAGUACACCAUCAUGUACCACAGAGAAGGAGACAGUUAUAACAAGAGUAAAACAAUAGAUUCCCGAACGAAGACUUUGAUAACUGAUUUGGUUGGUUUAUCCUGGUAUUAUUUCUACUUGAUGGUACGGUAUGGUAGGAAAUCAUUUGAUGACAACACAACUUCAUACGGUAUCGACAGUGAAGCGGUUGAACGAAAAUUCAGGACCAAGAUUUCAGCACCAAAGCCCCCGGUAAUAUCGAACUGCAGUUCUUGGAGUAAUCUAAAUUCUAAGCCUGCCUUGACGGUCACCUGGGUUGUUCCAAAAGCGGAGUAUUUCAAUGGCCCAUUGAGGAAUGCUGUCGUACUUUACCGUUGUCAGAGAGGAAACCAGUUAAUCUCAGGAAAUAUAACCACCAAUAAUGGUAGCACUCACAGUGUGGUCAUUCCUGCUCUUAAGCCGUCUGACAGAUGCAAUGUGCAGAUGAAGCUGUGUAAUGAACCGGGUCAGCUAUGCAGUGUUGUUAGCGGAAUUUGCCGCACUGGCGACACAGAAGUAAGUUCUGUGCCGCCAUACAAGGUUUCUAAAAAAAACCUCGCCAAAACAAUAUUGAUCGCCGUGGCGGGAGCAGUUGGAGGAAUUUUCCUGGUGUUUGUCGUCUUCAUGUGCUAUAGAAAUCGUCCAAGAGGAAGCAGAAGACCUUCUUUGGGAGCUGUUCUGGAUAUGCCCCCAAUCCAUGGCUAUGACGAGAUCGAGGAGUCUUUGGAUGAUGAAAACUACGAUCGAUUAGAAGUAAAUUAAAUGGAUCAACUUACUAAUGAAAUCCAACCAAUGGCAAGAAAGAAAGUCGAAUGUGAAGACAAAAGAUUAAUUCCUGAGUAGACUAGAAAAGCAGCGGUGACUAUACUGAAGUAAAGGGGUGUGGUAUUUUAUGUAAGUAAGUAUUUUGGGGAAAAUAAGACAUUGUUCUCCUCUGCGCACUGCGCAUGCUUGCCCAUCGGUAACAAUUGCUUCUUUUCUCGUGAUAGUUUCGGCUGUUAAACUCAAGUAAAUAAUCAUCGUCGAGGUACCAGUGCACACCAAAAUAGACCGUUUCCGAGAUGUGCAAAGCCUCUGUUUUAAACCGAGGCUGUGUCUGGGGCCUUUGAUCGGGAAAUGAUCAUGUAAACACAAUGCAAAUAAAACUCUUUCCCGUAAGAAAGGUUUUGCAAUGGGCCUCGUUUGGAACUGAGAGGUAUUAGAACUCGGAAAUCGCACCUUAACGAUGCCGCAAAAGAACGCAUGGCAUAUUUUUGGACUCUUCCGGGUAGAACUUCGUGAAAAAUUUGACGAGUUUACUGGCCGUGAACUGAGGAAAUUUUUGUUGCAAUGGAGUAAGAAUGCGCUUAGGAGAAUGGAGAGCCUCAAAUUCCCCAGACAACGUCCGUAUGGGCGCACUGAUAUAUAAUAGGUGGGAAAAAAUAUAGCAGAUACGGCAGAAAACGGCACAGUAGCUUUGUAAAAGACUGGCAAAGGCCGGAAAAAAAAAAAAAAAAGGAAAAGAGCUAUGAAAUGUAAAUAAAUGAAGAAGGAGAUAGUUGUUCCACAUAAAGCACAUCAAAUUUAAAGAUAAUUCGACGCUGUUUAUUCGUAAACGUAACUAGUACGUACUUGAUGAAAAUCACAUAACACACUGGAUAAGGUUUGAAACGAGAAGCGUGCCUUUAAGUUGAGUACAGAUAGCAAAAUAGCCAAUAAACAUUUGGUUGCACGAACAACUUUUCACCGAAUUGGAUGUAAACAUUCACCACUUUCGCCUACAUUGAGGUGAAUAAUUGUUUUAGUGCGUACCUUGCAGAAAUACAAAAAGUUAGUUUAAUUCUGUCAAAAUACCGAAAAGUGGUCGGAAAUCAAACUCUUGACGCACAAUUUUGACUCUUCCGCUGCUUGGAGGUAAAGAAUACUUGUUACUCACUUCCAAA